AUGGAUAACGUUAAUGUUUUCUUGCAGGGAGACAAUCAAGUGAGUAAAGAGAAGCCUCCACCUCGAGUGUGUCCAAGGUGUAACUCCGACAACACAAAGUUCUGCUACUACAACAACUACAGCCAUUCUCAACCACGCUACAACUGCAAGAACUGUCGUCGACACUGGACUCACGGUGGAGCGCAAAGGAACAUACCGAUUGGUGGAAAAGGCCAUAAAGCCAAGCGCGCAAAGGUAGAUCAACCUUCUGUUUCUCAGGUGGUUUCUGUUGAGAUCCAACAAGUUAAUCAUCACCAACCUCUCUUAAAUGGUGGUUCUUCUUCUUCAUCUUCCACUGUUGUUGCUGUUGGUUCUUUGCCUGAAAUUCAUGGUGAUGUGGUGCUUCCUACUCGAAGUCUUCCACAAAUGGAUCACUUAGACUUCUCUGUCGGCUCGUUUCAACAAAAUUGUUACGAUGUUGGAUCCAAUGAUUUGAUUGGUAAUCCUUUUAUUAACCAAUCAAUCGGUACACAUGUUGAUAAUCACAACGGCUAUCGCGUACACCAAGAGGAUCAAAACAAGUGGAACCAGAGCUUCAACAAUACUAUGAACAUGAAUAAUAAUGGCGCCAGCACCAGUGGAAGCAGAGGAUCUCUAGGCACCGAUCACAUGAACAACAACAACAACAACAACAUCAUUAAUAACUGUGUGUACAAGUCCUCAUACCAUUUCGAGAAACAUGGUCCUUGA